AUGUUCCUAUUACCUUUUUUAAUAGUUAUCAUUCCAAUUUUGGUUAUCGUAUGGUUGUAUUCAAUUUAUUUUCGUUACAAAAAACAUCUUAACCAAUUUAAUUACGUUAAAAUAUCCGCCAAAAGCACUAAAGAGAUUUAUGAUUUAUUGAUGAUACAAGCAAAAAAUGGAUUUAAAAAUGCUUGGACAAUGUUGGGACCUUAUCCGGCUUUAAUAACGGCCGAUCCAAAAAUGUUCAAUAAAAUUUUAGGAUCUAUUAAACACAUCACAAAGCCGAUUACUUAUAAAGCGUUUGAAAACAGUGUGAAAGGAACGUUAUUUUACGAAAAUGGAUUAAUUUGGAAAAACCAACGACGUUAUAUGACGACGGCUUUCGAUCAAAACGCCGUUUUAAGAUUUGUUAAUAUUUUUAAUAAACGCGCUGAUGAGUUAGUCGAUAAUUUAAAAUUAGAAAUCGACCAUAAUAAUGUUAAUAAUAUCAAUGUAGUCGACAUAAAGGAGCACGUCGAUAAUACCGUUUUAAAAUUCGUUUACGAAAGUUUUUUGGAUGAUGAAAUCGACGAUUUAAAAGGUUUAAUGAAAAAAAUUAACUUAUUGUCGCGAUUAUACGCCGAGAAAACAAUGAAUAUCUUUGAACUUUUUAAAGUGACUUAUUUUUUUACGAGAAAUUAUUGGAUUGAACGCAAUAUUAUAAAUUAUUUACACUCUAACAUAAAGAAAGUUAUUAAUAAGCGCCUUAAAAAUAAAAUCAACAUGGAAAAAAUAAUUUUUAUUGAUAUGCUUUUAAACGAAAUGAAAACGAAUCAAACUCUUGAUGAAGAUUUGGUUAUACGGCAAGUAAAAUUAAUGUUAGAAGCGGGAUUUGAUACAACAACUUACACCAUUUCUUUUCUUUUAUAUAAUCUCUCUAAAAAUCCAAAAAUUCAAGAAAAAGUUUUUAACGAAAUCGUUUCAAUCCUCGGUGAUAACCCAAAUGAAUUUAUUUCGUUUGAAAAAUUAAAAGAAAUGAAAUAUAUCGAUUUAGUAAUAAAAGAAAGUUUAAGAAUCUAUACAACCGGACAAAUGUUUUCGAGAUAUUUACUCGAAGAUGUUAAAAUAAGCGAUGAAAUAACAUUACCUCAAGGAUUAACGGUCACUUUUUUACCCGGUGUGAUGCAUAGAAACCCCGAUUUGUACCCAAAUCCCGAAGAAUUUAUUCCGGAACGAUUCGAAGAUAAAAAAUUUAAAGAAAAUCGAUUUAUAUACGCACCAUUUUGUCUCGGAGUUAGACAAUGCAUAGGUAAACAAUACGCCCAACUUGCAAUUAAAACCGUUUUAAUAAAAAUACUUUUAAACUACGAACUGGUUGAUGUUCAACACGAACUUUGCCUCGCUGUGGAAUUAACUUUAGUAUCUGAAAACGGGAUUAAAAUUGGUUUGAAGAAACGAGAAUCAACUUAAUAAUGAUUUUGUUUUGUGAAUUGUAAUCAAAAGUAGUUAUCAAUGUAUUUGUUAUUUAUAGAGAAUAAAUCACAAUCAAAU